AUGGGUACCCACACAAUACGGAAGCUGCUGACCAGUGCAGUCAUGGUCUUCCUGCUGCUGCUGCUGCAGAGAACACAGUCAGUGACCAUUCAGUACCAAGGCUUCGAGGUCCAGUUGGACUCCAUGAAGAAGCUCCAUGACCUGGAGGAGAAAGGCUUGCUCAGAGACCUUCUGCAGAGCCAGAGCCUCCAGUCCCCAGUGUGCUCCCACCCAGACCUGCCAAGGGAUCUUCAGCCAGUCUGUGCCUCCCAGGAUGCCACCAGCAUUCUACAAGCCUUGAGAAAAAUCUCUAAUGACAACUGCGAGCUGUGUGAGAAUGUGGCCUGCACCGGCUGCAUGUGA